UUCAGAUUAAAAUACCUGCGCAAAAUCAAUCAGCACGAUAUUGGUUAACGUACAGAAAUGUAUUUGACUAUCAAAACUUAAAUUAAAAAAUCAAGAACAUGCAGUCCACGCCGAUGCUGUGCCCCCUGAGUACCGAUUCGACUCCGCAACGAGAUUGGAAACAAAGGCUCAGCCUCCGAGACCAUCGAAAACGAGAUAUGGAUAAUUCAACUUUAAAACGGGGCAUUGGCAGGCGAUGGACUAGCUUAAAACAACAUCCAAAAUUAUCAGAUUCAUCAAAUGACACAGGUACAGGGACUACGACACCUCUCUCAACUCCAUCUUCCACCGCUAACACCAGUCCGUUUCCCGGUAGCGUUGGAGGAGAACAUACCAAGAAAAGUAAUUGGCAAGUUAUUGAACACUUCGGAUCUAAAGAAAAAGGAAGUUUGUCCUCCAGUUUAAUUGCUGUUGGCAGUAUUACAAGGUCACCACCGAACCGAGAAAAUGGAUCGGCACCAAAUUCACCCGGCCCGGAAAGUCACGAAGUGGAAGCUGAAUUAUUGGUCUCGUCGGCUUCGAGAAUGGAGGCGCCCACUUUUUUUGGCAAGCUCGUUCGACUGCUGGGAAAGUUGUGUAGUACCCAUCAAUUUAAAAACGUACAGGUUGAGAUGUUGUACCAAAGAUAUUUUCUGAAAAUGAACCAAAGCAAUAUGACAAAUUUGAUAUCGCUACUUCUGUUACUAUGCAUCGGUUUCCUGUUGCUGGGGGCUGUAGAUUUUAUUCUUCCGAAAGCCGAAGUAGCUCACUCUAUAUUUGAAGACUCGAGUCGAAUGGACAAGCUGGUCGUACUUAUGUGUACAUCGGCAUGUUGUAUAGCUAUUUAUGGCGUUUUACUCACAGUGGUGUCAAAGCCUGCGAUGAAUGAAGUUUACCUGAUCAUUAUAUCUUAUUUCAUAUUAGUGACUUUUUUAACUUUAGAGGUUUGCAUAGCUUUUUUCUUCUACAACGAGAGACCACUAGUUGGUACCGCCUUUGCGGUGACGUCAACCUAUUUGACGUAUGCGCUGAUGCCAAACCGUCUGAAAGAUGCCGUGCUCUCCGGAACAAUAUUAGCCAUAACUGAACUGAUCUUAUUAGUAUAUGUAGGAAAUCUGACAAGUUUUUCAGAUAUAAUCAGCAACUUUAUAAUACUGUUCUGUGCCAACUUGGCCGGGGUCUGCACGCAUUAUCCCAGAGAAGUAGCGCAAAGAAAAGCUUUCCUCGAAACGAGACAAUGUAUAGAAGCCAGACUGAAAAUUCAACGGGAAAAUCAACAGCAG